AUAAAAAUCACUUUUAAUCCAAGAAUGUGAAAAGCCAUUAGGCAGGCAGGCACAAGAAGAGGAGAUAGAAAGGGGAUAGCAGAGAGAGAGCAUCCAUGGCUUGUUGCUCCUCUCUAAACUUCACAGCUACUAUCUCCUCAAACCCCCAAAAGCAAUCCUCUUCAUCUCCCCUUCCCUUCACUUCCCACUUAUCAUUUUCUAAAUCUUCUUCUUCUUCUCUUUAUUCACAUCAUACCCUUUCAGGAACUCAUUGCAAGAAACUCUCCCACCCAAAUGCUGCCCCUUUCUUGGUUUUGGGAUGUGCUAGAAAGAUAGAGCCUCUGAGAAUAAUGAUAUCUGGUGCUCCUGCUUCUGGGAAAGGAACACAAUGCGAGCUCAUUACUAAAAAGUAUGGUUUGGUGCAUAUAGCCGCUGGAGAUUUACUGAGGGCAGAAAUUGCUGCAGGAUCUGAAAAUGGGAAGCAGGCAAAGGAACACAUGGAUAAAGGGCAACUAGUACCAGAUGAAAUUGUUGUGACGAUGGUCAAAGAGCGGUUAAAUGGUCCAGAUUCUCAAGAGAAAGGUUGGCUUUUAGAUGGAUACCCUCGGAGCUCUUCUCAAUCUAUAGCACUCAAAGAAUUUGGCUUCCAACCAGACCUCUUUAUUCUUCUGGAAGUACCUGAAGAGAUUCUUGUUGAGAGAGUGGUUGGCCGUAGGCUAGAUCCAGUAACAGGGAAAAUUUACCAUUUGAAGUAUUCUCCCCCAGAGACGGAAGAAAUUGCUGCUAGACUUACUGAGCGCUUUGACGACACAGAAGAAAAGGUAAAAUUGCGUUUGCAAACUCACCAUAAAAAUGUGGAAGCAGUUCUCUCAAUGUAUAAAGAUAUCACAGUCAAGGUGAAAGGAAGUGGUUCCAAGCAGGAGGUAUUCGCUCAGAUCGAUGGUGCAUUGACACAGCUUCUAGAUCAAAAGCAAGGAAAGUUGGGAACAGUGGCAGCAUAGAGGAACACAAGAUAUCUGCAUGUAAAGACUGAGGAUUAUCUAAGGUGAAGAAAAGAGUCUAAAUCAUAGGGAUGCAUUUUGAAUUUAUCAUGAAUGUAUUGUUUAUUGCCAUCUCACUUAUAUUAAUAUAUGCUGAAAUAUUCUUGUAUACACGAGAAUAAGUAAUUCUUUUGGCGGCAGCAUCUAAUUGUAUAUUCAUGGUUUAGCUU